AUGGGAGGCAAGUCGUUCUUCUGCCCCAUCUUCAGCUUCCUGCGCAAGUCGAGGCGGUACGACGACGACAUGAGCGACUGGGACGGCCGGACCGGCUACGUGCGCAAGGUGCGCUCCAGCGACGAGGACUACGGCGGCUGGUGGGUCGGCGAGCGCGACGUCGACCGCAAGGCCUCCGACUUCAUCAACAACUUCCACCAGAAGAAGCUCACCGUCUAG